CGCUUUUGUGAUUACUAGGUGCUGCCACUGAAUCGAUUUAAGUUUGGCUAUUCCCUGCCUGACCAAGAAAAAGUGGCUUAUUGCCAGAUCGGAGAUUGGAGAUGGUUUGGCUUUCCCUUUUGACCUGUCGGAAUCGAACCAUAGAAAAACUCUGCACUACUUUCUCGAGAAAAAACAGUUAGCUGGUGUGCUGGGAGAGCGAGCAGCUCGGGCGAACAUGGCGGAGAAGCUGACGCCGGAGCAGGCCGACGAGUGCAAGGAGAUCUUCGACCUGUUCGACGCCGACGAGGACGGUCGCAUCGCCACGGGCGAGCUCGUGACGGCGCUGCGCUCGCUGGGCCAGAACGUGGACGAGGCCGAGGCGCGGCGCUUCCUGGAGGACGCGGGCGUCCCCGCGGGCGCCGCCGCCAUCGACCUCGCGGCGUUCCUGGCCGUGGCGGCGCGCAAGAUGGGCGCCAGGCCGUCGGCGGAGCGCCUCGCCGAGUGCUUCGACGUGUUCGACGACGCCCGCGGCGGGUCCAUCCCCGCGGAGCAGCUGCGGCAGGUGAUGGUGAGCCACGGCGACCGGCUCACGGAGGAGGAGGCCGACGCGAUGCUCCGCGAGGCCGACCCCCGAGGCGAGGGCCGCGUCGACUACAAGGAGUACGUCAGGGUGCUGCUCAGGGACAAGAAAUGAUCCGGUGGCCCGUCGUCCGUCGCCGCCGGUGGCCACGUGCAUGUGAUCGCCGGGGAUCAAGAUUAUUCGGUGUCUGUCUGUCUGUCUGUCUUAACUUCGUCAGUGACUCAGUGUUGAUGAAUUCUGGGUUUUGUACCAGUCGCCACAGGCGAUUACCAUUUCUUCCGGGUAAUCUUGUGUUAAUCAAGCUA